CUCUCCGUUUUGUCCAACUCUUUUGCGCAACAUCGGGAGAAACUCUCGCGACUCUCGAGAGGGCGAGGACGACAACCGUAUCUGUUUGCUGCUGGCUCUGUGCACCGCAGACGCGAGUUAUCUACCUCGGCGGAAGAGCGGAAGGCGCAGCGGAGGGUGGACGCGGGGGAGUUUUUCGGAGGAAAGAGGAACGAUGGCCACUUACGCGACCUAUAGACACGUCGAGCUCGACAAUGUUGGAUACGGAAAGAAAAGGGUGUUGAAACCCCCUGGUGGCGGAAGCAGCGACAUUUUCGGCGCAGCGCCCGAAGAGACUAGCCCCCGCCGCGUGAAGAACCACAACCAAUCGCAGCUGGGCUCCGCUUUGUUCGGCGAUACACCGAACAACAGCAACAGCAACGAAACGCCGCGCAACAAGCCCGGUAAUGAUUCAUACAAUCGCCUGUUUGGCCCUCCCGAUGCCCCACCCACCACCCCAAACGCGAAAAAUCACAUGCGCAGCAAUAUCUCCCUCAGCGGGGAGUCGAUGUCCUCGUCGGUGUCAUCAGGCGCCGCAACGUCGCCCGCGAAGAGCACCGGAAGCUCGGACUCGAUCGCGGGCGUUCUCAACGGAUACGCGGCCAGCAAUGGCAACAAUAUGACCAACGAUGUCACAGCUUUUAGGAGAAUCAAACGAUUUCGUGGAUCGUCCUGCUUAAUGCGCAACCCGGUCACCGGAGACGGAGUUGACGUGACGCCUAUAAGGCGCAGCACACGAAGGUGUCGAGAUGGUAAUCCGGUAACCGGAAUUGGUUAUGGAGAAUCACAAAACAACGGACCAGCUGUCCAAAAUGGAACGACUAGCUCGAAUUCCAGCGAGAAAUCGAACGAUACAUCGCCAGCAGCAAAAGUUCCGGCACGUACACGCGUGCCACCUGGUGGAUAUUCAUCUGGACUGUGGUAAAAAUCUGUGGCCUCUUGGACAACCGCUAAUCGGCAUUUUCCUUUCGAUUGGCGUCGUAAACCCUUCCAGUAUUGGUAAAUUUGAAGAAAAUCGGAUCUUCAUUAAUAUCACUUCAAGAAUAUUGCUGUGAAUUGGUUGAUCCCUUGUUUCGAUAAAGAAAAGGAAGGAAAACUGAUUGUACGAAUUCUUUCGAAUGAUGAAUUGUAUUCUUUUGAUUUAUAUUAUUCAUAUGCGACGAUAGAUGGAUAUGUCAUGUUGAUUUUUGUAGUUAGAUUCGUUUCAAUAUUAAUUAUGGUUCGUGAUUUAUAUUGUUCGUUCGAAAUACGAAUGAGUUUUUAUAUUACGUAGAUUGAAAAGAAGUGGAAAUUUAAAGAUUAUAUGAUAUAAAUACGAAUUAUUCAGGUUUGUAUUGUAUUCUAAAUUUAUAUUCCAAAAAUCGUAUCUUAUUUGGAUUUAUUCAUAAGUUAACUUACAUUCGUUAUUUUCACUUUUUUAUAUUUGACUAUUUUUCGUUUUAUGUUCUAGAUUUUUCUCUCUGAAAUCAUUGACGUUAGUUAACAAUGUUCGUCUUUUAUUUAUUUAUUUUUCUUUCGCGUUUUUUUUAUUGAUCUUUCUGUUCAAUUGAAAGAAAUCGAUUUUUACGAUGACUAAAUAAUAUUCUUUCGUUAAGUUAGACAUUUCACUGGAAGGGUUAAUGCAAGAAGACAGAGAAAGUAAACUGAAAAGAGCAAACUGUCAUCUUUGUGACAAUUCUUAGGUCCUAAUUGCCGAAGUGAGUAGAAUAGUUGUUCGGUUUUCACUAUAAAAAAAAGAAAAAAAAGGAGAAAAAUAAAAAUAAAUACGUCAUUCCUUUUCUCUUCUAAAAAUCCCCAUUUUCACGAUUUUUUUGUAAGCGCAUAAUUUUAUUCAGGGGAAAGUAAAAAUUGUCCAUGUUUUUUGAAUCAUGAAAGUUAAAAAAAAAAUUUUGAAGAAGGAUGUAAAAUAGUUUUUCUCGAAUAUACUUUGUUUUCGAGAGAAUUUUUGCCUCUCUACCCCUUUCCAAUGUCCGGCUGUUCUUCUUUUGAACUGCACUUUCUAUAAUAUUCCAGAGAUCGUGUUAUUCUAAGGUAUCGAUAUUCUUUGAACCGUUAAUCCUAUAUUGAUAAGAGAAUAACGAGAACAGAGAGUAAGAAAGAAAGAGAAAAAGAGAGUGAAAGAGGAAAAAAGUAUGGAAUAUAUUAUAAAAGGAGAGAGAAAGACACAAAAGACGAAUAAAAAUGAUUUUUUUCUUUCUUUUUUUUCACGAUGGAGUUUUUCGAAAUAUAAAAAUUGUGAAGGAUGUAGAAAGGGAAAGAAAAAAUAGAUCGAUUGAAAAAUGAAUCCUGCCAAAUUUUGAAAGAUAAAAAUUUAGAAGUGAGCGCCAUGAAAAUCAUGUUUUUUUUAAAUUGAUAGACUGUUGUCGAUUGAUUUUUUCUUCGGAUAAAUAAAUCAAAUCGUAACUUGUUUGAUGAUGAAUAGCGAAAAAUUAAGAGAAAAAAAAGGUACGAACGUCCAGAAUGAAAUAGAGAGAUAGAUCGUGAUUAACUUGAAUAUAAUAAGGAAUAAUUAUAAAAUUAGAAAACGUUCGAUAAAACCUCGGAAUUGUAUAUUAGAAGUAGGCAUGUGUUAUU